AUGAGUAAGCUUGAUGACAAGAUUGUUGGAUGGCAAAUGAAAUUAGAUGCCGGAAACCAGGAUGACGUAUCUGGUGAUCUUAUUGCGCUUCUAUACAGCAGUGUGAUCAACUGUAUGCAAUUCAGCAUCGGGGAUACCAGAAAGCAAAUUCCUGAGCUUCCGUAUUACUCAUCCUUGGAAAAGAGUGCUGCAGCACUGGUUCUUUGGGGAGCCGAUCACCGCGUUCUACAUGGAGCCCUUGACAGGGACCUGCAGCGCUCAUUUGGGUUACAAGAAAUCGUUCUGCAGAUUCUUCUCUCUAUUGGCAAUGCCGUAGCUCGAUACUUGCCUAAGGCUUCCGGCGAUGAUUCACGUCGUCUAUGGGAAUCUCGGACUCGCGAACUAGCAUCGAUAUCAGGGGCCGCAAAAUAUAGAUUAUAUGAAACAAGAGAUGUAGGCGUCGAUCAGGCUUCCAUCGAAAUUGACGGGCAAGCGUUGAUUGAGACUAUCGAAGUUCAUCUUACGAGCCUCAGAAGGCUCAACAAUAGCCUCGAAUACCCAGCAGCUGACAAUUCCGAUGAUGAGAAGCGGGGAGAUGAAUCAGAUAUCAAAGUUAUACCUGCUGAUCGAUAUUUUGCGGCUCUCAUUCAGGCCAGAUUCCCAAGGGCCGAGGCACAGGUGGUACAGAAUCUUGGCGAAUCGAACUGGGCUCGCUACAACCAUAUUCACAGGCAGCGCGAGACUGUUAGAAAUAGUUCUGAGGUGACCACUGUAGCCAAGACACUGUCAGACUUUCGCGACUCUGGUAUCGGCAGCGCGAGUUCCUUGGCGUAUGCAGCAUCAGUCGUAUCAACUCGAGCUGAGGCCAGUCAUAAGCGUCUGCCCCCACUUCCAAAGACAGCCCGGAUGGGCCAGCCCUUUAUCUGCGAAAUUUGCGAACGAACUGUUACUGUGCGACGCACGAGGGACUGGAAGUUCGUAAACGUUUUGCAAACUCACUUCCCACACCCGCUGACGGCUUCGUAG